UUAGAAAUUGUCUCGAGCAAUGUCAUUUCAUUAAAUUUCAUGCAAAAAUAAAAAUAUUGAAAAUUUCGAGCAUUUUCAAGCCAAUUUAACACAAAAACUCACACGACAUGUCAUUUCCCGACAAGGAAAAACGAGACAAAUGUUGGUCAUCCCGUGACGAAUACUGGAAAUGCCUUGACAAGUACAGUCCGGACUACAAUCCGCAAUCUGGUGAACCGGGUCCCAACGAGUGCAAGCAAAUUAGAAAAUUAUAUGAAUCAUCAUGUCCUAACCAAUGGGUGAAGCACUUCGACCGGAAACGAACGUACGAAAAAUUCAAGGAGCUAAUGAAGAAGGGUUACGAUCCAGUUGAAGACCAAAAAUGAACGCUGCUUGCUAUUUUUUUAUUAGUUACUUAUCCUUAAAAAAUAAAAAACGUCGUUAAAAGUCGAAAAAAACGUAGAAAACACGAAAAAUUACUAUUUAAAAAAAAUAAAUAUUAAUUUUAAUUAA